AUGAAUGCUGAUACUUGUGUUUCUUAUUGUGAUCCGGCUGCCAUGGAUUCCUACUACAACGCAGCCUCCCAGGACACAGAAGGCUCCUCGCCUUUUAGGGCAUUUCAAGCAAGUGACAAGUUCAGCCCUACUUUCCUGGCCAGCAAAGGACAAGGCUUUGGUGACAGCAGCACUAAGUGCCGGAGCCGCUACAGCCAGCAGGAAUGUCAGUCCCUGGAUGGCAGUGUGCAGGCUGCCGGCUCUGCCGGGGCUCCAGCCUCCUUUAACAAAUACCCUCCGCAGCAACAGCCGCCGCACCUCUACAUGCAGCGAGGCCCCUGCAAAACCCCCCCGGACAGCAACAUCAAGCUGCAAGAAAGCAGCAGCCACAACGGAACUCUGCAGGUCUCCUGUUACGGUAAAGACAGUGCUUUGGGAGAGGCCGACUUGCAGCCGAGCUCUGACCCUUCGGGAAUGGACAGCAGCUACCUCAGCGUGAAGGAGGCUGGGGUGAAAGUGCCCCAGGACAGGGCCAGCACAGACCUCCCCAGCCCCAUGGACAAGGCCGACUCGGAGAGCAACAAGGGCAAAAAGCGGAGGAACCGCACCACCUUCACUAGUUACCAGCUGGAGGAGCUGGAGAAGGUCUUCCAGAAAACCCACUAUCCUGAUGUCUAUGCCAGGGAGCAGCUAGCCAUGAGGACAGACCUCACCGAGGCUCGUGUACAGGUGUGGUUUCAGAACCGGAGAGCAAAAUGGCGCAAGAGGGAGCGGUUCGGUCAGAUGCAGCAGGUCCGGACCCACUUCUCCACUGCCUAUGAGCUGCCUCUGCUGACCCGUGCUGAGAACUACGCCCAGAUCCAGAACCCCUCCUGGAUUGGCAACAAUGGAGCUGCCUCUCCUGUGCCUGCCUGUGUUGUCCCCUGCGAGACGGUGCCCUCCUGCAUGUCCCCCCAUGCCCACCCCCACGCGGCCGGCGGUGUCUCCGAGUUCCUCGGCGUCUCCGGCCCUGGCAGCCACGUGGGACAGACUCACAUGGGUGGCCUCUUUGGCACGGCCGGGAUGAGCCCCAGCCUCAAUGGCUACGAGCUGAACAGCGAGCCGGACCGCAAGACCUCCAGCAUCGCUGCCCUGAGGAUGAAAGCAAAGGAGCACAGCGCCGCUAUCUCCUGGGCGACAUGACAGGGCUGCGGCCCAGUGCCCGUGACACGGAGAGAGCACAUAGGGACAGCUGAACAAAUCCAUCCGCUUGGACGCCAGACAGCAGUUGCCUCCUCGGGGAUCUGAAUGCAGCACUUUUAGCUACCCUAGGCAUAUAAAGUACAUAUGUUAAUGUAAGUGGAGUGUUUCCAGCAUGAACAUGGCAGCUCCUGGCUUCCUGGGAUCAGGCAGGGAGAGGGAGGCUGUGGAGCAGCACUUCUUCCAUCAAGAUCUGGGAUGAGAUGCAUCCCUCCUCACCACCACCUCCCCAGUAACCUGGGCAUUUUUUCUCCCUGCUAUUUUUUCUGACACCAGAUCUGCCUUUCCAAAGAGCAAGAGCCCACUGGCUUUUCAGCAGCUUCUCCCAUCCACCCACCCACCUACACACACAUGCACAUACUCUCUCUCACACACACAUUUUCUGCCCUGGGCAGGGGACUGGAUGGGAACUCUGGCACCAGCAAAGAGACACCUCUCGUGCUGCUUAUGUCAUUUUAGCGAGAGCUAAGACUUCCCACAGCUGAGCAGUAACAGGGCUGGGAAGAUAGGAAGAUAACUAAAGCUAGAAAGAAGGCAACAUUAGCCCACCUCCUUCUAUCCAGCUUUCUCUCCACCUUGUAGUCUGAGAUGAAGUCCACGAAGGGGAUACCCUUCUACCCAACAUGGCACAGUGCUAUCAUGCUGAGAGUCUUUGCCAGCCCUCUGGUGACCCAGACAAAGAUGCAUCCCAGCAGACAGUAUCUUCCCAAGCAUGGCUCACUGCCUCAGGGAGCACCUGGGCUUUGCUUUGCCUGGCUAUGGUUGAUGAUGGGGCUUAUGCGCAUGGUGGGGCAGCAAAAGGUUUCCUCCAGCUUUCACUGGGUUGGCAAUAACUAACCUCAAUUUAGAGACAGUAGCUAAAGCAGGGAAGCACAGUUGCUAUGUAAAUCUACAGGUCUCCGAAGAGACUGCUCUGAGAAACAGCUCAAGUGCUAGCACACAGCCACAGUGGCAUGAGACCAUCAAAUUCCUCAUAUACCUUAUCCUGGGGUCAGAUACAUGCAAUGACAAGCCCUCCCUCAGCCCUCCACUCCAGUGCCUUGCUGCACACAACAGCUGCAGGCAUCUCUGCACAAGGGAUGGCACAGGGAACAGGCUGGGAAGGGAUCCAAAGGUGGAUGAGGUGAU